AUGAAGUACAUCGUGUCAACAACAAAUCGACUCGACAUCAUGUGCGACGCUAUACAUUUCCCGGCUCAUACCAGUUUUGCGGGAUUGUCGUCUUGGUGCCCAGACUGGUCCUACGUUCCUGAGUCUGUCCCUCUGCAGUACAGGCACAAAUUCUCAGCCUCGGGAGACCCAGUGGCCAAAUACACGUUCUUCCAGGACCAACGCAGGCUGGAGAUAUCGGGCAUACAUCUCGAUAUAGUGGAUGUCCACGGGAUAGCUGUCGGUACCCUCACCACCAUCGCUGACUACCUCAUGGCCUUUCUGCACUGGCUCGCAUUGCUCCUCGACCACUUCCAUCUUGAAGAUGGCGACUCUACACACUCACUUCAGACAGCUUUCUGCCGAACCAUAUGUAUGGAAAAGCUACCCACAGAUUCAAGCCCGGAACGAUGGGUCGGGACAUGCUAUCGCAUCUUCACCACAAUGAUUCACGAGCAACUGCCACGAGUGGCCGUUGACGAAGGUCUGAAAGGAUACGUGCAAGCGAAUGUGUCAGAAGAAGAUCGAAAGUUCUUCCGCGAACAGGUCUGUACCCGAAUGAUGGCACGAUGCCUUUGCAUCACGAAGCAGGGCUAUAUCGGUAUAGGCUCUGGGUACAUGGUCGCUGGUGAUCUCGUAGUGGUGCCACUCGGCUGCGCGACGCCUGUGCUACUUCGUCCAGAAGGUCGUUGCGGCGAGUAUCGAUUUGUAGGCGACGUCUAUGUUGACAAAUUUAUGCAUGGAGAAGUGAUGCAGAUGUGGAAGGAGGGGAAGGCACAGCUUCGCAAGUACGUCUUACACUGA